AUGGUUCCGACAAGGGCCAUAACUGUUGAGAGCAAGAAGGAAUCAACACCGAACUGGUCGGAUCAACAUUCAAAAUCUGAGAUGUGUCUUUUGUUUUAUCAACUAAAUGAAGAUGCUGCUCCAGGUUCCUUUCACUUAGUGCUGGCAUGUGUUCGCGAUGAGUAUUGGGAUCGGCCAACACUUCCAUCUGGAUUUUGGGCUAAUAAUCCAUCCUGCAUUGGGGGAAUCGAUUUACAAACAGGAAGUGGAGGCACGUGGUUGGCAAUGAAUCGUGAGGGAAAAUUGGCAGUUCUCUUAAACAUUUUAAUAAAUGAAGAGGAUAAUACGAAAAUGUCCCGAGGUGCUCUUGUCUCUGAUUAUGUGAAGAACAAGGAAAGCAACAUUGAGCGCUAUCUUAAUGACAUUGCACAAAAUGCUGAUCAAUUCAAAGACUUCAAUCUAAUUCUCUUUGAUCUCAAACUUAAAUCCACUUAUUAUUACACAAAUGAAACAAAGGACAGUAAACCAAUGAAAUUACAAUCAGGCACAUAUGCUUUUGGUAACACUCAAAUGACCAAACCUUGGAAGAAGGUGAUUGCAGGCAAAGAAAAAUUCAAAAAUGUCCUUGCUCAAUUCUCCGAAGUGAAAGAUCAGGAAAAACUACAGACAGCAUUGUUUGAUUUGAUGUCCACCGAAGAAAGAUAUUUUGAUGAAGAAGCUGCUGUUGAAUUUCCCGGAAAGGAUUAUAUUACGGCUUAUAUCACCUGUAGAAAUACAGACAUCCGCUAUGGCUCAAGGACGCACACUGUGAUCUUGGUUGAUGGUGAAGGGAACUGCACUUUUUUGGAGAAAACACUUCAAACGCCAGUUGUUGUCAAUAAUUACAAAUGGGAGUCUUCCAGCCAUUCAUUCAGACUUAACCUGGACUGA